AUGCCGAAUUGUUGGGCUAAAGGCUGUAAAAGCCGAAAUAACAAUAGCCAGAAAAAUAAAAUACAAUUACAAUGGGAACAAUCUCAUAACCUUUUAAGAUUAUUAUCCGUUGCAGAGCGAUUUGGAGUAUCAAAAGAUACUAUAUGGAGAUGUGUUUUUAAUGUGGCAUAUGUAUUAGAGCAACACAUUGAAAAUUAUAUAAAAUGGCCAGAGGUUCAUGAAUUAUUAAAUAUACAACAGGAAUUUGCUGCUAUGAACGGUUUCCCAGGUGUAGUGGGUGUCAUUGACGGAUGCCAUAUUCGCAUUAGUGCCCCUAUUGAACAUUCAAAUAGUUAUAUAAAUAGAAAAAGCUUUCAUUCUAUAGUAUUGCAAGGAAUUUGUGAUCAUAGAAUGAAAUUCAUCGAUAUUUUUACGGGAAUUUGUGGUAGUGUUUAUGAUUCCCGAGUUUGGCGGUUAAGUGAUAUAAAACAUAUGAUAGAUCAUGAUGUAGAAAGAUAUUUUCCAGAACAUAGUCAUUUAUUAGCUGAUUCUGCAUAUUCGCUCUCAUAUAAUAUGCUUACCCCAUAUCGUGAUAAUGGUCACUUAAAUCAUAUACAACACAAUUAUAAUACUAAAUUAGCAAAAACUCGUGUCACAAUUGAAAGAGCGUUUGGAAUGUUAAAAGAGCGAUUUCGAAAACUAAAAUAUGUAUAUAUGUAUAACACAGAAAUGAUACCAUUACUUAUACUUGCGUGUUGUGUUUUACAUAACAUUUGUAUUGACAAUGAAGAUGAGCCAUUUGACAUUUUCAAACCACCGGACAAUGAAUACAAUAAUCAUACUUAUGCAUUUAUGCAAGCCGCCGAAAAAAGAGAAAUUAUUGCGCAAUUACUUUAAUUUAUAAUAAAGAAAAUAUGAUACAAACAGUGCACAAUAAUGCAAGAAUUACAUCAAUCCAAAAACGUGCUAGUUGGUUUAUUGAUUAGAAAUUUUUAUUCUCUGUAUGAUGGCCUUAUAUAUAUAUUUCUUUCAUAUAUAAUAUUAUGUAACCGCUUUUGUUGUGUUUUCAUUGUACUUUUACUGAGGAUGUUUAGAAGCUAAGAAAAAGUUUUAAUUACAAUUGAUUGCUCAAUAUUUUAUAAUAAAUAUUUGCUGAUAUGAAAUGAUUAUUGUAAUUUUUUAAUUACAGCAUCAGCGUUUGGUUCUUAUCUGUAAUUUAUUUAUUAAUUUUUCUACUUUCUUUGAAU